UUCGCUCCACUCACUCACCAUCAGUCCAUCACAUUACUCACAUUCGCCGGCCGGGAGGAUCCAUCAUCCAUGGAUAAGACUAAGAGCUUGGUUAUCACCAUGCUUAUCCUGGGUCUAGUUCUGGAGCAGCAGGGCCAAGCAGUGCACGCUAAUAAGAGCUGCUGCCCAUCCAGGAUUGCAAGAAAUAUGUACAAUACAUGCCGCUUUCGAGGCGCUUCCAGGGAAACGUGUGCGAGAUUCGCACGCUGCGAAAUUGUUCAGGGGAAAUGUAAAGACCCUCACUACAUUGACCACCAGUACUCCCCUUACUCGGACUCUGAGGCAGCGGAUGCUGUGCUUGAAUUCUGCAAGUCGGGAUGUACAUCGUCUGUGUGCAACAACAUCAAAACCGCUGCCCUGAAAGAAGAGGAGGAUGAUGCCGUGGACCGCUGCGGCGAAGCAUGCUACCGCUUCUGCACCAAGCAUGUUGACGCUGCCACCAAUGUUUCUUAAGCAUGCAAGAGAGUUUCACGUUGAAGCAAGGGCCCAGUUGUCCUCGUGUUUCCCAUUUUCGUCUUCUCGAAAAAUCUCUAGAAAAACUCCUGCGCUUAAUAACUGCUGGAUAUAUACAUACUACUAUAUAUCCACGCAUGUAAUAAAUGUAUUACCUAUACUAGUACCAUGUAACAGUUGUGAGUU